CCUCAAUCCUUCAUCUGGCAAUGGCGUGGCAUCUGCCUGGGUUGGGUCUGCUCUAGUCUGCCCUGGUCUGGACUCUGGACAAAGAAACUACUCUAGAAGAAGAAGAAACAAACACGCGCAAAGCAACGCAGCGCAGCAAAAAGGAAAAGUCUCAGCACUUGCAGCGCGUUGCAUCUGCCAGUGCUGUGUGUAUGGGUGAACUCUGAAAUGGCCGAUCAAAAUUCGGUCAAUCGGGCGAAGGGAAGUUGAGCUUCGACUUCCAGAGUUCUGCAGAGGCGCGUAUUGCUUAGGACGAGGGAAGUUUUGCUAAGCUUGACGCCAUGGCUUGCACGCUCCUCUAUUCUCUCCUCCUCCUCUUCAUAUCCCUUUUCGUGCUUCAUCCAUGUCUCACCGUGGGGGAAAUUAAAUCCAUGGAAUCAGUUCCCGAUCUUCAAAAGCUAAUGUACACGGUUGUUGACGGAUAUCCAUGCGUCAGACUGCUCAAUCUCUCCGGAGAAAUUGGCUGUGCAAAUCCUGGACGAGACAAGGUUGUGGCUCCAAUUGUUAGAUUUGGGGAUGGUAUCACGUUGACCCAACCUUCCGCCGUUUUAGUGCCACUGGACAAGAUCCAAGAUUUCUUCAAUAGAGUGUCAAAGGAUUCAGGUUUUGCCGGAUACAUUGGUGGCGCUUUAGUUGAAUCAGGAUCUGUCUCCCAGAACAAUAUCAAGGGGUUCUCUCCCGCUCAGAAGUUCCCAGAGGCUGAAUUUGCACCCUACUCUAAUAUUAGCUAUGAAUGGAACCCUCUGGGGUCUGGCAUAUUGAAGAAUGCAUAUAAUUUUCCAGUGUUCUUGCUCUCUGACAGUAGCUCAUUGAUCCUUCAGGAGCUCGCUUCCAAGAAUGAGAAGAGAAAGGAUGGUUAUACCUCAUCUAUGGCAGAGUUUGAUCUCGUCAUGCAGACAACAAAAUCUGGGACUCAUGAUUCAGAAUCUUGUUUGAAAGAGGAGACUUGCCUCCCAUUAGGUGGAUAUAGUGUUUGGUCAGCACUUCCACCAAUUAAUGUAUCGCUUGGAAAUCAGUCAAAGCCUGUUAUACUAGUCACGGCAUCAAUGGACUCCGCUUCAUUUUUUCGUGACAAAAGUCUGGGAGCAGAAUCACCUAUAUCUGGACUGAUUGCACUACUUGCUGCUGUGGAUGCGCUUUCCCAUCUUGAUGGUUUGGAUGAUUCUUCUAGGCAGCUUGUAUUUCUUGUUUUCACUGGAGAAGCCUGGGGCUACCUCGGCAGCAGGAGAUUCUUGCUAGAGCUUGAUUUGCAGUCAGAUGCUGUCUUGGGUCUUAAUGGAACAUUAAUUGAGAUGAUUGUGGAAAUUGGAUCUGUUGGCAAGAGUGGUGGUCCAGGUGCCAAGAAAUAUUACGCGCAUACAGCAGGAGCUUCAUCUGUCACCAACAAAACUCUGGAUGGCUUGAAACGUGCUCAAGAUUCUCUGGGAUCCGAUCAAGUCAAAAUCACCUCUGCAAGUUCUGCGAAUCCUGGGAUACCUCCUUCGUCCUUGAUGGCAUUCAUCAAAAAGAACACUGAGAUAUCCGGGGUGGUAUUAGAAGAUUUUGAUACUGCCUUCGUCAACAAGUUCUACCAUAGCCAUCUUGACGAUUCAUCAAAUAUAAACUCUUCUGCUAUAGCAACAACUGCUUCCCUUGUUGCCCGCACCCUCUACAUUCUAGCGAGUGAUGAGAAGAAUCUAAGCACUACAUCUCUUAGUACCAUCAAAGUGAACAUUUCUCUGGUUGAACAACUUGUGGGUUGUUUAUUGAGCUGUGAUCCGGGUAUGUCCUGUGAGCUGGUGCACAGUUAUAUAUCUGCAACAACUGCAUGUCCAAGCAAUUACGUCGGUGUUAUUCUUGGAGAACCUUCCUCCACACCCUAUUCCGGCGCCGUGGCUGAUAUUUCCCGGUUUCUGUGGAACUUCCUAGCUGACAAAACUUCAGUUCCCAUGGUUAAUCUUAACUCAACAUGUUCAGAGGGUUGCUCUGACAGAGGGGGAGUGUGCAUUAGGGCGGAAACUGAUCAGAAGGGGGUCUGUGUGAUCUCUACGACCAGGUAUGUUCCAGCAUAUUCCACUCGUCUGAAGUACGAAUCAGGGACUUGGAUUGUGCUGUCAGCAAAUGCUUCUGAUCCUAUGGACGUGCUGGAUCCAAUUUGGACAGAGAGCAAUUGGGAUGCAAUUGGUCUCAGAGUGUACAGAGUGCAGGAUGCUUCUUAUGACCGGCUUGUCCUAUUGGGAGGCACUGCCAUCACAGUUUUUGCUUACCUGGUUAUAUUAACUGCUAGAACGAUAAUCACGAAAGCUAUGAAGCAGGACUGACCCUUCAAUCGAUUAAAAAGUACAAACAAAAGAAUGCUGGAAAAUUGCUCAUCGAAUUGGUGUAGGGCCACACGUGACGAGGAUGUUGCAAGAUCUCGAGCGACAUUCUAGUACUUUUAUUUGUCUCAUUAAAACUGAUGGAGAAUUUACAUGCUUAUAUGUGGGGGUUAAAAUUAGAGUCAGAGUAAAAGGAGGUCUUUUUGUGUUAUUGGUACCGUGUAAAGUUGACUUUAUCGGAUUCUUGGUCAUCAAUACUACGGCCCGUGUGAGGAUGGAAUUUUUGUUGAAUAUAGGAGGCAAGCACGCCAAUUGCAAUGUAA